AUGAGCGCAAAUGCUCCUCUCAGAGCAGCUCAUCAAGUCGGUUUCGACACCGACUCAAAACAAAUUCAUGUCGACAAUUGUGCAACCCGUAGCAUUACCAAUUCUGAAGCCGACUGCAUCGGACCCAUGAAGCCAAUUAUGCGAAAGGUAAAAGGGAUCGGCGGCGUCAAGGUCACGGAAAUGUUCGAGGUAACGAUUGAAUGGACAAUUGCGGACGACCACGGCAAACCUCACAAAAUACGACUUCCAAAGUCGUUCCUAAUCCCUUCGUCACCGACUCGGCUCCUAUCACCACAGCAUUGGUCCCAGUCGGCAAGGGACAUAAGACCUCUACCUAGGGGCACACGAUGUGUAACAUAUGAGGACUGCAUCGUUCUUGAGUGGGAACAACGAAGACACCGACGGACAAUACCGUUGGACGCUAGAGGGAGCAACGUCGCCACGUUCGCAACCGCUGCCGGUUACGAGAAGUUCAAUGCUUUUUGUACCGAUUGCUCUAUCGACAACGAAGCACUUGAUGUCAAACCACUCAUUUUGAACUCCUCCUACGUAUCCGACAGCGAGGAGGGGGAUAAUGGAGAUGAUCUUGAUGAUCAAUACCAUGAAGCUCACUCCAGCUUCGACAACGAAGUUGCGGACUUCAAAACUGGCGCUCCGAGUACUCUACGACCGGGUCCAAUAAAUACAGAUUUCUCUCUCGACGGCCCGGAACAAUCCAACAAAGCCGAUGGUACGGAAGCAACAACCUCCGUUAUAGAGGACGAAGGAGAUCUAGAAUCACAAAGGAACCCAUCAGCGCUAUUUUUGAGAUGGCACCAUCGACUUGGACAUGCAUCAAUGACCAAGAUUCGUAUGCUUGCUAAAGUCGGACUCUUACCAGCCUCUCUAAAGGAAUGUCAAAUUCCACUCCACUCGCAGGCCCUGGCGUACUAA